AUGGGAGACACGCAGCACGAUGCACCCGACUACGACCACCUCUUCAAAGUGGUGCUCGUGGGCGACUCAGCUGUAGGCAAGUCCAACCUGCUGUCUCGCUUCACGCGCGACGAGUUCACCCUCGACUGCAAGAGCACCAUCGGAGCGGGGCAGGAGCGAUACCGCGCCAUCACGUCCACGUACUACCGGGGCGCCGUGGGUGCUCUCAUGGUCUACGACAUCACCAAUGCCGAGACGUUCAAGAAUCUCGACAAAUGGCUCAAUGAAGUGAAGGAGCACGCGCCGACCCACGUCAUCGUCAUGUGCGAGCGAUACCGCGCCAUCACGUCCACGUACUACCGGGGCGCCGUGGGUGCUCUCAUGGUCUACGACAUCACCAAUGCCGAGACGUUCAAGAAUCUCGACAAAUGGCUCAAUGAAGUGAAGGAGCACGCGCCGACCCACGUCAUCGUCAUGCUGGUGGGGAACAAACUCGACCUCGAUUUCAGGCGGCAGGUCACCAAGGGCCGUGGCCUACUCCAAGGCCAACAACCUGUCCUUCAUCGAGACGUCGGCCCUUGA